AUGGCGAACAUCAGCAAAUCUGAAAAUCCUUGCGUCCUGCUUCAUGGUCCAGAAUCAGCAUGCCUAGGCACAAUUCCGGUUCCAAAGCUCUCAGACUAUCCUGCAGAUCACGUACUCCUGCAAAUAGCCUACACUGGUGUAUGUGGCAGCGAUGAACACUUCCACCUCCACGGCGGUAUUGGUAGCGACAAGCGAAAGUACGCGCAGUAUUACGUCUCGCAACCUGGUAUUGGCAAGGACAGUUCAAAUGGUCUUGUCAUGGGUCAUGAAGCAACAGCGACCGUGUAUCAGAUCGGUCCAGCAGUCAGAUCUCUUAUCGUAGGAGAUAAUGUUGCUAUUGAACCAGCAAUCCCAUGUCGAACUUGCAUUCGAUGCGCAGAAGGCAUGUACAAUCUCUGCUUCGAUAUGCGCUUCGCUGCUUCUUUUUACGAGGAUGCAGAAAUCACGACGACGGUGACAAACAACAACGGACAGGCAACCAAAGUCCCAUUUAUACGCAGCACGCCUGGCACGUUGUCAGAAUACUACGUGCUUCCGGAAUCAUUAUGCUACAAACUUCCCGAACACAUCAGCCUCAAGGAGGGUGUGUUCAUCGAACCUCUUGCCGUUGCAGUCCACGCUGUCAGACUAGCGGGCAUCAAUCCAAUGACAAAAUCUGUCCUUGUGACGGGAGCAGGCACCAUCGGUCUCGCACUAGCAGCGAUAGCCUGUUCAUAUGGUGCUAACAAGCUCAUCUUGGUCGACAUAGACGAUAAAAAGCUCAGCCUUGCAAAAGAAUGGCUCCUCGGUAGUGGCCACGAGAAUGGACAGAUGUCAGGAACAGCAAUCAAUACAGCAACAACGGUACAUACCAUCAAUUCCUCGCAUAUUGGCAACAGUCCAGCUGAAACAGCCACGACCAUCAAACAAGACGAAAACAUCAACACAGGCACCGGCGCUGACGCCGCAAUAGAAGCCACCGGCUCCCCUCUAGCAACACGUCUAUGCAUCCACGCCCUGCGACCAGGUGGACACAUGGUCCAAACAGGUCUAAGCAAGACCGCAGCUAUGGACGGCUUCCCCAUCACGGACCUAAGCGAAAAAGAAAUUCACCUCCACGGAGCGUUCCGGUACAAAAGCGGCGACUUUGAGACGGCACGGGAUCUACUCGCGCGAGGAGUGAUUAGAAACGUCGAGAGAUUGAUAAAUAAGGUCUGGGAAUUUGAAGAGUUUGAGGAGGCUUGGAAGGCGACUAGGGAUGGAAAUGUUGGAGGACAAGGUGUGAAGAAUUUGAUUAAAUGUCCUGGAUUGCGGGAGGAAAGUGCCUAG